AAUAAAUUAAAGAUUUUACAUUUUAUUUGAAAUGACAAAGAAGACAAAGAAGGUUGGAAUCACAGGUAAAUAUGGAACCAGAUAUGGUGCAUCAUUAAGAAAGAUUAUCAAGAAAUUUGAAAUUUCACAACAUCAAAGAUAUUUUAAUACUUUCACAGGAGCUGUAUCAAAUUAAUUGAUAUAUUUUAGCAUUCAUUAAAAAGAUAAGCAAUAGGUAUUUGGAGAUGUACUUAGACAGGAUUGUAAAUUGCUGGUGGAGCUUGGGAAGUCAAGUAUUUAUUUAUUGCUAUUAAUUUAGUACUCCUGCUGGAUUAUCUGCAAAAUAAGGUAUGUUGAGAAUCAAGAAAUUAAAAGAUGAUGCUGAAGUUGAAGUUAAAGAAGAAAAGAAAGAUAAGAAAUAAUAAUAGCCUAAAGAAGAAAAACCUAAAGAAUAGCCAAAAGAAACUAAGAAACCAUAAACCAAGAAACCUUAAACAAAGAAAUAAUGAUCACGUAUAUUAAUUACAUAAAAUAUAAUAAGAAUACAUCACAC